CGCAUCACAUGUCCGCGGUACAAAAAUAAAUUAUUUAGGCACGUUUUAUUAUAAACAGUCCGCGAUACGUGAUCUCUAUAGUUGUUUAUACGAAAUAACCUUGCACUUCGAGCGUUCAGAGAUGUCGGUGACCACUAUGAUUGGCGGGAAAUAAAAUUUUCAGAAAAUUCUAUCAGAAAAAUUUAUAACAUGUUUUCAAUUUAGUGACAACUAAACCAUAUAAAGUAUUAUAAAGCAGCUUAGAUUACUAACAAUCGCGAAGUGUUUAAGUGUCAUCGAGAUAUUAAAAAUGGCAUCAAUACAAGAGCCACCAUCACCGUCUACCGACACCUCGGAUGACACCCCAUCCCCUUCGCCCGCACCUGAAGUGAUAAACAAAUUUAACUGGCUCAAACAAAGCAGGAACGCAAGGAAUAAUCCUUUCGUAAAACCUCGUCCGUCAUUAACAAGAGAAAGCUCGACCGCUGAAUUGUUCUCAAGAGAAAACUCAAGUCAAGAUUUCUUUCAAAAUUCAAGACUGAACCUUUUUGAAACAGCUCCUAAGCCGGAAAACUCUCAAGGAUAUAAGAAGGGUGUAUCACUGAUAGGAUGGCACCAGCGCACCAAGCUAGAAAGAGUUCUGCUUGUUUGCUGUGCUGUUCUGCUCUUAGCGACAUUACUGACUACCUGCAUAUUGGUGCUCGUCAGGAGUCCUUCCUAUCUACCAGUACCUCCGUGCUACAGACCCGAGCCUGCAGAAUCGGACGUAUGUCUCUCCAGUUCGUGUAUCUACACUGCCAGUGAGGUAAUAAGAGCUCUAGAUGAGACACAGAACCCUUGCGAUGAUUUUUACGAGUUCGCUUGCGGUGGAUGGAUCAGAAACAAUCCGAUCCCAGAAGGAAAGUCCAGUUGGGGCAUCUUUAGUAAGAUCGAACUUCAGAAUCAAUUGACUAUCAGAUAUGCACUUGAGAAGGUAAACAUUUCGGAAACAUCCGGAGCUGAAGCCAAAGCGAGGAUAUAUUACGACGCGUGUAUAGACACAAAUGAAACCAUAGAGAAGUUGGGAGAGAAACCAUUGAUUGGCGUAAUCAAACAACUGGGCGGGUGGCAUUUACUGCCUAAUACAGUUAAUAAACAACAAAAAUGGGAUCUGCAGAAAUUGAUGCAGGAUGUGCAGAACACAUAUAAUCUGGGUGGAUUAUUCAAUUGGGCGGUAUCAGAAGACGAUAGGAAUUCAUCUAAACACGUCAUUGUUUUGGAUCAAGGAGGACUGAACUUACCUACACGUGACAAUUAUCUCAACAAAACUGCACACAAGAAAGUUCUAGACGCUUAUUUAGACUAUAUGACCAAGAUCAGUGUACUGCUCGGUGCUAAUAAAUCUGAAGCCAGGGCUCAAAUGAACAAAGUUAUACUGUUCGAAACUGAAUUAGCGAAUAUAACAACCCCGUCUGAAGAUAGAAGGGAUGAAGAGAGUCUAUACAAUCCGUACACGUUAAAGGAAUGGCAAAAAGUGGCACCGUUCUUGAACUGGUCUAUGUUCUUUAAUGAUGCUUUCAAAUUGGUCAACAGAACUAUAUCUGAAAAUGAGAGAUUGGUUGUAUAUGCUCCUGAUUAUUUCAAGAAUUUAACUCGAGUUAUAAGAAAAUAUAGCAAAACUGAAGAAGACCAAAAAACAAUAACCAGCUACAUGAUGUGGCAAGUGUCCCGUUCCCUGUCCACUUAUUUGUCCAAAUCCUUCCGCGACGCAACUAAGAUACUGCGGAAGGCGCUGUUCGGUUCUGAAGGUACCGAGGAGUCGUGGAGAUAUUGUGUUACUGAUACUAAUAAUGCUAUUGGUUUCGCUGUGGGCGCCAUGUUCGUGCGCGAGGUGUUCCACGGCGAGGCCAAGACGCAGGGAGAGAUCAUGAUCGACCACAUCCGCACCGCCUUCAAGGACAACCUCAAGAACCUGGACUGGAUGGACGCGGAGACACGGCAAGCUGCGGAGAUCAAGGCUGACGCCAUCACCGAUAUGAUUGGUUUCCCUGACUACAUCUUGAACAAGGAAGAACUAGACAAGCAGUAUUCAGAUCUGGAGGUGAAGCCUAACGAAUACUUUGAGAAUAACAUUGCAUUCAAUGUGUUUACAUUACGUCACGACCUAAAAAAGUUAGACCAGCCCGUUAAUAAGACUAAAUGGGGCAUGACACCGUCGACAGUGAACGCGUACUACACGCCCACUAAGAACCAGAUAGUGUUCCCCGCCGGCAUCCUGCAGCUGCCGUUCUACGACGGCGACAACCCCAAGAGUGUCAACUACGGCGCCAUGGGCGUCGUCAUGGGACACGAGCUGACGCACGCGUUCGACGACCAAGGCCGCGAGUAUGACAGAUUCGGCAACCUCAACCAAUGGUGGAACAACGCUACUAUCGGUCGUUUCAAGAAACGGGCUAAAUGUAUUCAGGAGCAGUACUCUAAUUAUUCUAUGGAUGGACUUUAUUUAAACGGCAAACAGACAUUAGGUGAGAACAUCGCGGACAACGGCGGGCUGAAGGCGUCCUUCCACGCCUACCUCGACUACAGCAAGAACGCCAAACUGAACUACACCCUGCCCGGCCUCAAGUACAACCAUAGACAACUGUUCUUCAUAUCCUUCGCUCAGGUAUGGUGUUCAUCGAUGACCAAAGAAUCUACUAAAAUGCAAAUCGAGAAAGACGACCAUACUGUCGCUAAGUACAGAGUUAUCGGCCCUAUUUCUAACCUCAAAGAAUUCUCACAGGAAUUUAAUUGCCCGGUGAAGUCUAAUAUGAAUCCCGAGCAUAAAUGUGAGGUAUGGUAAAGGAAUAAGGUUGAUUUUUCAAUAACUUAAAGCUUUAGCUACGCUGCGUUGUAUUGGCAGCUUCAUUUGUAGUAAUUAAUAUUGAAAAAUGAAUUAAUUUGAUGAUUUUUUUAAAUAUUGACUAGCAAAUCGCUUUUAUUGCGUUGUUUGUGUUAAAAUUGUGACGUAAAAAAAUUAAAAUUAUCAUUUAGCGAAGAUGGAAUCAUCUGAAAUUUGUAUACAAAAACCACUGAUCUUUAUAAAUAGACAGGCUAUAAACUGCGGUACUUUCUCUAUUUUAUGAUUCUCUAAAAGUUAAUAAUAGAUUUAACUGUCAUUAAAAUCAAAAAGCGCGUUUAACGGAAGUAAAAUGUUUCGUUUUCAAAUCGCCUAUCUAUUUGUACAGAUCAGUGACAAAAACUGUAUUUAAAAACAGAACAAACUCGUCUGUCAUUUAUUUUAAAAUUUAUUAUCUCUUUUUGACAGAUGUUAGAAUUUUAACGUUUAAAUAGCGAGUCGUAUAAGACUUAUAUCGUAAAAUUAUAUCGUUAAUUCAUAUGUUUAUUGUUUCUAAGGAAAGAUCAAAGAAUAUUUGUAUUUAUUACGUAUUUUUAGUAUAGCAGAUCAAUAAAACGGGUAUCAUAUUUUCUAGAAAGCAGAAUGCGUAUUUACGAUGACAUAAAAAGCAAACUUCAAACAUUUUAUUCCAUAACAAAAUUUAUUACUUCUAUGUGCAGUCUGUUUUUAACUUCAUUUCCAUAGAUAUAAAACCUAUAGAUAUUUCUCUAGUUUAUAAAGACGAAAAAAGGUUUUUUUAUUGAUUAAAUUCUUCCU